CAUGGGUUUGGUUGGUGGUGGUAGACAAGAACUAUGAGAAUAUAUAUAACAUUGACGACGAUGACGACGACGACUACGACGACGACGACUAAAAUCGGCGCAUCAAAACUGGCGACGGCGCCAACUAGACUACUCCUGGUGGGUUAAAGUUGGCCAACAUAAAAUCCCGUGCACAUGCCUGAUGCAUUCAUUAGGGGGGAUAUACUCGUGCAGUGUACAACUUGCAGUAUUCAACCAUACUUCAAUAUAUGGUUUAAUACAAACUGGUGAUAUAAUAUUUCGGGUUAAACCCUUUCAGUCGCGACUCGCGAGUCAAUGUGAGAACAAGUCUUUCUCUCUUUCUCUCUCUUUCUUUAUCAGUCAGUCUUUCGGUCUUCAUAAGUCUUGUUGUCGUUGAUAUAUUUUCGGUUUUAUAAUUGUGCAAUUUUUGCAUUUAGAACAAUUUUUUAAUUUAAUCGGUAAAUAUAGUGCGGAUAUAUUUGAUUUCGAAAAAUAUUAUAAUAUCAAUUUUAGACAUUUAAAUUAUCUGUGAUUUUUUAUUUUUUUUCUAUUUUUUUUUUAAUUUUUUUGAACAAUUUUGAACGCGAUUAUAUUCAGUGUAUUUUAUUCAUUUUGUUUUGUUGAAUUUUUUAAAUUUACAUUAUGUAAUUUAAAAAAUUAAAAAAAAAAAAAACUAUUGACAAUAUAUUUUUUGGUGAAUUGAGACAACUUGGAAGAUAUAUAUUUUCAAGUUUAUGAAGAUUUUCCACAAGCUGAACAUCAAUUGAAGAUAAAAUUUCAUCAGUUACUGGGCGAGAUUGCAGCUAAUAUUGAAGAUUUCAUGUUCACGAAUUUUAAUAAACCAGGGUCGGGAUUGGAGAUAGACAAAAUGGACCAGCAAUAUUGCCUUCGGUGGAACAAUCAUCCGGCCAAUUUGACGGACGUACUAAGUUCACUGUUGGCAAGAGAAGCACUUUGUGACGUUACACUUGCAUGUGUUGGUGAAACAUUUAAAGCACAUCAAACAAUAUUAUCAGCAUGUAGUCCAUAUUUUGAAAAUAUAUUUCUACAAAAUAUACAUCCACAUCCAAUAAUAUUUUUAAAAGAUGUUAAUGAUAAUGAAAUGAAAGCAUUAUUACAUUUUAUGUAUAAAGGAGAAGUUAAUGUUAGUCAACAUUUAUUACCAAUGUUUUUAAAAACAGCUGAGGCAUUACAAAUACGUGGAUUAACAGAUAAUGGUGUUAAUAAUAAAAAUGAUGAUAAAAGUUCAUCACCAGAACCAGAUACACAAACAAGUACUAGACAUACUGAUUCACCAAAUUUACAAUCACAUCCAGAAAAAAGGAAACGAAAAGUAUCUAGUGGUAAUUAUGAUGUAUCAAUGACUGGACCACCUAGUGAAAGAUUCUUGUCUGAUUCACAGGCUUCAUCACAAUGUAGUUAUAAAUCAAGUCCAACAGUGAUUCCAAAAUUAAAUAAUACACUUGGUGGUGAUGCGGAAGAUGGAGGAAGGGCAAUGUCACCAUCAUCACAAGCACAAGCAUCAAUAAAACAAGAACUCGAUCACCACAUGCCUGACUUCCACGACAACAUUUCAUUACCAGGACACCCGGAAUUGUUGAGAGAGGAUGGUGGGCCAACGGGAAUGAAUGAUAGUCUGGAACAAUCUGAACACGGUAAUCAAGGCACGGAUAUUAAUAUUUUUUAUAUUUUAUUAUUUUAUAUAUUUUCUGUUUUUAAUCACUUGCUUGGAAUGAAAAAAAAAUACAUAAAUAUAUUUAAAGGUUCAAAAGCCUGGCACAUGCGGCUGACCUUUGACCGGGUGCCAGGUGGCUGCAACCUUCACAGGUGCAAGCUGUGCGGCAAGGUCGUGACGCACAUCAGGAACCACUACCACGUCCACUUCCCCGGCAGGUUUGAGUGUCCACUUUGUCGUGCAACGUACACUCGUAGUGAUAAUCUACGUACUCAUUUUAAAUUUAAACAUCCCGAAUCAAGAAAAAUUGAUUUAAAUGAUUUUGUUGCUAGUUCAUUGGCAUUAUCAGCAGCAAAUAAUGAUACUAUGAAUACACUAUCAUAAGGCGAGCUUGCGUGCGUGCGUGAUGCGUGCGCACGACAACAACUACAACAUCAACAACAACAACAACAACAUCAACAACAACAACUACAAAAUCAACAACAACAACUACAAAAUCAACAACAAAAACAACGCGAUGAUUACAAUAAUUUACAAUUAUUAUUAUCACAACAAUUACACAAUAAUACAUCGCGUUUACAACCACCCGUGUCGACCCUCAUUAAUGAGCUUGAACAACACCAACAACAACAACUACAACAAAAUCAACAACAACAUAAUAACAAUUAUUAUCAACACUUGCCGUUUUUACUCAUGAGUGAGAGGUCGUCACGACAAUUUUUAAUGUUCAAUCAUUUUUUUUCUGAACACCAAAUCUUGUAGGUUUUUAAUCUAUUUUUUUUAUUUUUUUUUUUUCUUUCGUGUUAUAAAUACAACUAGUGAUUGAGUAAACAAAAAAAAAAACAAAUAUAUAAUAUAUAUUGAGGCAAGAGAAAGAUUGAUAGGAAAUAUUGAAAAGAAAAGAAAAAACAAAAAAAAAAAAACUAAUAUAUUUAAUAAAUGGUGAUUUUUUUUUUUUUUUUCGUUUUAAGAGAAUAUGAUGGUUGUGCGUUGCGUGUGAGUGAACAUUUUAUUAAAAUAAUAAUAUUUUAUAAUAUUAGGAAAAAAGAAAAAAAGAAAAAAAUUUAUUAUAUUGUAUACUCAUUGCUGGGACGGGGGGGAAGGGGUAAUUUCGCUAAUCACAUUGAACAGCGAAUAUAUAUUUUGAAAAAAAUAUAUAAAAAUAUAUAUUUAUAAUUUUACAUUAGGUAUAUAAUAACUGACACAUGUGAGAAUAGAAGAGAAAAAAAAUCUUCGCGUUGUUUUACUGGUUAAUUUUUAUUAAUUGUUUUUUUUAAAAAAAAAAAAAAAAGAUUCAUGGGUGCAGCUUAGAUUUUGCUUUUCUUUCGUGCUAAAUUGCUUGAGCAAUUAUUAUUCAUUUAUUGUUUUAAAUAUGUGAAUAAAAGUACGAAAGGGAAAAUAAUAUUUUUUUUUUUUAUCGUAUGGACAAUUGAAUGAGAAGAAAAUUUAAAAAUUAUAAAUAAAAAAUAUAUAUAUAAAUAAUCAUGGGAGCAAAUGUGGUGCCAAUUCCUCCCGAAUGAAUGGCGUCGGCAGGCUGGCAGCCGAAAUGAAUAUUAAAUUAAUUAGUUAAUUGAUCAUUGUUUAAAAUACAAAAAUAAAAAAAUGAAAAAAAAAUAUAAAAAUAAACUUAAAUAGUAAAAUGAAAAAAAAAAUAAAAUAAAUUUAAUGAUUAAUCGAUUGAGCAAGGGUGAGUCGUACUAGUUGUUGAAAGUUUAUAGUUAGACUUCAUAUUAGAUGAACAAAAAAAAAUUAUAAAAACCAUUGGUAAUUGUUUGAAAAUUAUUUGGGGGAUUUAUAGCAAUAUAAAAUUAAUGUCAAUAUCAUAUUAUUAAUAAUAUAUUUGAGCUCAAUAAUUGUUGCACACAGACACAUUUGCACAAUAAAUUUUAAGAAAAAAAAAUAUAGAAAUAAAAUUUUCAGACACAUGACGAAGACUUGACAACAUAUUUUUUUUUUUUUUUUUUAAUAAUAAACACAAUGCACAAUCGAUUUACAACGAAAUUAAUCUUCCAUUAAUAUUUUUUAAACUUUUUAUUAUAUAAUUUUGUUAUAAAUAUUUUAACUUGUUUGAUUUUUCUUUCUUUUUUUUCUAUUUUUUUUGUCGUUCUAAUAUGAAUGUUUGACUAUAUCCACAUAACAACAACACCAGAUUUUUAUUUAAUCAAUUUUAAGUGAUAAUUAACAAUUUAAAAAAAUAUACUGUUUAUAAAACAGAUUGUGGAAAUUAAAACACACAUUCCACGAUAUUUGGGACUUAAAAAAAAAAAUGCAAAGAAAUAACAUCAACAAAAAACAAAACAAAUAUUUAUCAUAAAAAAAAAAAAAUUUAAUAAUUUUUUCUUAUUUUAACAAAUUAUGAUUUAUAGUAGAUAUAUUUUAUACUUAAUUAAUAUCUGUUAUUAUUAUUUACCACUAUUGGUAAAGAGAGAAAAAAAAAAAAACAUGAAAAAACUAAAAAAAAAAAAAUAUAUAAAUAUAUAAUUUAUCGUUAUAAUGGCAAUUUUCCUAUUAAAAUGGUAUGCUACCAAAUGUUCUGAUGAUAUUUUAAAAAAAUUAAUCAGAACAAAUUAUAUUGCACAUUGAUUAUUUAAUUGGUUGGGGUGCAAACCGUUUCUUACAUAAUUUUUAUUACAAAAACAAUUUUAUUAUCAUUAUUUUCGUCAUUAAUUAUUAUUUGUUUUUAUUAUUAUUAAAUAAACAAACAGAAAUAUAUUAAUAUAUUAAAAAUCAAUUUUUACAAUUUAAUAGCAAUGGGACACGUGAUAUGACAGUUUAAAUAACGAGCUGAUAAAUGAAUGUGAAAAAUAGAGUAAUAGAGAAAAACAAUUAGUUUUUUUUUUGAUUAUUUUAGUGACAGUUAUAUUGACACUAUAAUUUUUAAAAAAUAAAGCUGAGUCUAUACAUAUGUUGUUAAAAUGAGCCAAACCGAUAAGUCAUUGUGAUCACUAAUGAUAUUACCGUCGAAUUAUAAAUAUCUUUCUCUCUUUCUCGUUAAUUUUUUUUUUAGUUUUUUUUUUUUUUUUUCUUCUAGUUAUCGGGAUGGUUUCUAACUGAUUUUAAUAUUUAAAAUAAUGAAAAUCAUGGGGCCGUUUUCAUGGUUAAGGCUUAAAAAAAAAUAUAAUAUAUUUAAUACAAUACACAUUUAAAUACACACACACACACAGAAUACAAUAUCAAUUUAUUUAAUAUAUAUUUAAUCCAGAAUAUUAAUAUAUUAAACAGAUUUAUUAAUUAUUGAAAAUAAUAUAUUUGGAUAUUAUAUAUUUUGUUUGUUUUACCGUUUUAUGAUUUUUUUUUUUUUUAUAUAUUAUAUAUGUAUACAGAUAUGUUAUUUACUGUUUCAAUUGAGAAUGAUGAUAUGAAAAAAAAAAAAUAAUAUGAAACGAUGAAAAAUAAAUCAUUGUGUGUAUUACCGAGUUAUUAAAAAAUGAUCUUAAUAAUUUAUUUUUAAUUAUUUAAAUAAUUUAAAAAUUUGAAGAAAAAAUACACAGGCAAUCUCAUCAUUGAAUUAAUGAAAAAAAAUAUAUAUUUUCUUGUUUAUUUUAUUUUUUUUUUUUUAAUUAUUUUUAUUAUUUAUACAGUUAUAUUAAUAUUAUUAUUAUUAAUUGUUAUUGUAGUUGUUAUUUUACAGCUGAUAACAUGAUUGAGCUUGAAAAAGUUAAAAAGAAAAAGUAACUAAUUUACCUGUACUCCAACCAAAGUAUCAAUUGAUUUAUAUUAAUUUGCUUUUUUAUUUUUUUUCUUUUUUUGUAUUAUAUUAUUUAGAGUGAUUUUAGAACGAUUGAAAAUUGGCUUAGUAUUUAUUUCAGCUGGCAAGCAAUUCUAACAAUAAUACCAAAGGCAAUUUUCCGUUUAAACUGGUGUACAAUUGGGUUUUAAAAUUUUUGAAGCAUUUACGUUUCAGCAUUUGGUAUAACCGCGAACGAAAGCCUUGUUUCACAAAGCAAACGCCAGUUACAAACAAAAAUAAUAAAAUUUAAAAAAAAAACAACCAAAACAUAUACACACACACACAGGCAAGCAGACAGACACAAAUAAAUAUGAGAUAGAAAAUACUGUCAGAGGUAAAGAUAGGGGUACAUUUAGCCGAUAAUGACCGCGCCCUUUGAUCACCACAUAAUCAAUUUUCUCAUUGAAAUUUCAAUUUUACUGUACAGAAAAUAUAACAAGACCUCGACAAAGAAUACUUGAUAGAAAAAAAAACACUUAGCAUAUUAUCAUUUUUGUAAUAUAUCAAAUUGAAAAUUACAUUUUUUAAUAAUUUAUUUUUCUACUGAAAAUUGAAAGAUUAUUUUCAUUAUAUAUAAUUUUCCUUUUUUUUCUUUAUAAAUUUCAUUUUGAAAGAGAGAAAUACUUGAUAUAUAUUAUAUAAUAAAUAAAAAUUUAUAAUGGCCUGAAACCUCCAGUUACUUAAAGAAAAUUUAUAACUAAAAAAAAUGAAAUACAAUGACAAAUACCACGACUGCAUUCACGACGACGAAAACUAUUACACAAAAAAUAAAUAAAAAUAAAAUUACAAGACAAAAAUAAAAAGGCAGGCUGCCAGGCUGUAAACUUUUUAAGAAAAAAAUAUAAAACUAAUAACGAAAAAAUAAUAAAAUACAAGAGAAAAAGAAAAAAAAAAUUUAAAAAUUUAAAAAAAAAAAUUGAAAAAAAGUAAAUUAAUUUAAUAUUUAAAAAGAAUUUUAAUACCUAACUAAUGUAAUUAUUUACUGCUGCUAUUAAUAUACACUAUUUAAAAAAAAAAAAUAAAAAAUUUAGCUAAUGCAUCUUAACUACUACUAUUUAAUAAUUAUUAAUAAAAAAAUUUUGAAAAUAAUAAAAUAUUUAAAAAUGCGACACAAUUUGGCUAUUUAGCUAUUUAUAUUAUUUACAAUCGCGUGGUGUGGAGUUGGAACAUUGUGAUAUAGUAAGAUUGGUGCUAACACCUUAUUGAAAAUGAGAAAAUUUUAAUUAAAAAAAAAAAAAAACAAAAAAAAAAAUAUUUAAAAACGAAAAACUUGAAAAAAAAAAAAAAGAAAUGAUUGAAAUAUGCAGUGAUUGAGGGAAGUUGUGCAAUAAAUAAAAAAAAUGCAGUAAAGAACAAUGAAAUAAAUAAAUAAUAAAAGUGGGAAAAAUUUAAUAAUUGAAAAUAAUAAUUCGAUAAAUAUAUGGUUGUCAUUCUUUGGGGCGUGUCAAUUUUUUUCUAGUAGAUUUUUUAAAAAAAGUAGAAGAAAAAGUAGAGGAAAAUGUGUUCGUAAAUUGAAGUCUCGGGUUUCGUUUUUUUUUUUUUUAUAUGAAAAAGAUAAAACGAGCCAAAUAAACGUAGUUUGAGGAGAGUAAAAACGUUUGCCUCGUGUUAUUUUCAUCGACAUUGAGGCGAAUAUAAUCUGAGAAAGUUUUCCAAACUCGAACUGAGUGGAGUGUGCCAAAUGGAUAAAUUUUCGCAAUAUCUGAUUUCCAUUGAGUGAGUCAAAUACCUAAAUAUCUUUAUUUGUUUUUUAUUUAAAAAAAAAAAAUAAAAAAUUUUACAAGCAAAAUAAUUAAUUAUAAAAUAUAUUAAUUAAUCAUUUACCAAUUAAUUUAUAAAUAAUUUCAUUCAAAUUAAAUUUGAAAUAUUUAUAAACUCACUCAUUGUAAUUAGAUUUUUUUAAAAAAAAUAUAUAUAUAAAUUCUAAAAAGCCAACAUUAAAUUUAAAUAAAUCUAUUUCUUUUUCUUAAUCAGCACAAUAUACAAUGAUUUUUUAAAAUUAAAAAUAUAUAUAUAUAUAUAUUGUAGCACAAUUUGCGAUAAGAGAAAACUAUGGCUGUGCAAGAGAACAUUAUGAGUGUAUAGUUAAAAAAAAAAAUGAAAGAAAAAAAAAUUGGUGUUACCUAGAGAAUUAGAUUUAGACAAAAAAAAAUUAGAAUAAGAACAAGUUUUGUGUUUUGCCCGAUUAUUGAGUGACAACCUGACUAAAUUUAAAGAAAAAAAAAAAAAAUCAUUAAAAUGAAAAUAAGGAAAUCCCACAAAUCCUCCAAUUUGUAAAUUAUUAAUAAAUAAAUAAACAAAUAAUAGUGUAGAAAAUAUAAACUAAAAAAUUGAAAAUAAAAUUUUAUCAUCAUUUUACUUAAUAUAUAAAUUACUAAUAUAUAUGUAUAUAAAUAAUACAAGCGUAUAUACAUGUAUAUAAUUUAUCUCUAAAAAAAUAUUACAAUGUAUAUAUGCAUGUAUAUAUUAUUAAUAAUUAUUUUAUUGUUUUUAUUUUAUUAUUUUUUAUUGAAGGGUUUAACAUUGCUUGGGAUUUAUCCAGCAAUAAAAUUAGUGUGUUCUAUCGAAUUAAAAUAGAUAAAUAUAUAUUCAUUUUCAAUAAACAAAUUAAUUCAAAAAAAAAAAAAAAAACGAAAAAAUUUAAUAAUUAUUAAUAAUUAUAAAUAAAUCAAUUGAUAGUUAUUUAAAUUAACUUUUUUUUUUCUUUUUUUUUUUCUCUCUUGGGCAAGAUGACGAUGUGAUGAUGGUCAGACUGAAUAAGUUGUUUAAAUUUUUAAAAUGAAAAAUGCGGUAACAUUUAAAGGGACAAGAGGUUUUUGUUGUUUUAAAUAUAUAUUUUUUUUUUGUCAAUGUUGGGGUAAAAUCAUAAAUGGCAUAGUAAAAAAAUUUAUUAAUAAGUUAUAUAUAUUUACAAUCUCAUUGUUGUUUUUUUUUUAAAUUUAUUUUGAGUUAUUAAUUUCAUUCCGUUUUUUAAAAUUAUCUUCAACUUUGAUAUUGUUUUUUUUUCGUGGUACCUUGCUUUUACAAUGUCAAUGCUUAUUUAUGUUUUUUUUUUUUUUAUAACAAUGCUUUUGCUUGGGAAAAUUGAAUUUAAACAAACCACUGUUUUAUCUAAUUUUUUAAUACUUUUUUGCCAAUUUUCAACUUACUGACUUUUAUACCUCUUGAUAAUAUUUUUAUUGUUUUUUUUUUUUUAACUUUUGUGAGUGAAAAAAAAAUGAAAUAAUAUUGAUAUGAUUGAUAGUUUAUUUGGAUGAAUUUCGAUGAUACGAAAUACUUAUUAAAAUGGUUAAAUCGUCGAGACUGUUAAUCAGAAAUUUAAUCUUUUUUUUAUUGAAUUUUAAUAAACAAUAUUAUUUUUUGUUUAUCAGUCUCAACGUGCCAUCAAUUGCGGCACACUUUAUAAAUAUUAAAAAAUUCGUCAGUUAAUAAAUAAUAAAUGAAACUUAGAUUAUAACUCAAAAAAAAAAAGAACAAAAUAAAGCCACAUACAUUUGUAUAUGCAAUUAUAAUAAAUAAAUAAAUAAACCAUAACAAUGUUUAAACUGUAAAAAAAAAAAAAAUGGAAUAAACAUCUUGUUAUAGCUUAAUGUGGAGGAUAAACAAUUUUUUAUUAUUAUUUUUGUCAAAUAAUUAAUAAAUUUGUCAAAUAAAAAAUAUAAUCGUAGCGUCAUCGAACACCAAAUAUUCUGAUUUUUUUAUUACAAUAAUUUUUCAAUAAUAAAUAAGUAAAAAAAAAUUAAAAUCGAAGACGUUGCGAUUUUUUUUUUUUUUUAAAUAAUUUAUAAAAUAAAAUAGGCUGAAAGCAUUGUAUAUUCUCCUGGCUCGAAACGUACAAUAGGCACAUUAUAUAAAAAAAAAAAAAAAAAAAGUUCUGACCACGCAGAUUAAUUAUUAACUUAUUAAUAAAAAAAAAAAAACAAUUAAAUAAAAAAUAAUAAGCAGAAUAAAAAAAAAAAAACAAAAAAAGGGAAACUUAAAAUUAAGAGGUAAAAAAAAAUAAAUUUAAAUAAAUAAAAAUAUGAAUUUUAUUACAAAAAACAAAUUAAAAAUGAUAAAUUAAUAAUAAAAUAUACACACACACAUAUACACACAUAUACAAAAUGAAUUAUCAUUAAUACUUUAUGGUUUUAUCUAAUUAAAAUUCUAACUCGAUGAUGAUGAUGAUGAUGAAUGCAAUGGUGAGAUAAAAUGCUAAGAAAAAAAUUAUGUUGUAUUAUUAUAAACAAUGUAGAUAUAAUGCGAAUGAUGAAUGAUUUAAACAACAACAAAAAAAAGGGAUUUAAUCACAUGUGCAUUUAAUGUAUUUCAUACUAAUUUUUUGAUUAAACAUAAUUGUGUGUUAA